UGUUCUGCUAACCACUGGGUGCUCAGCCAGGGCUUUGGAACUGUCCUUGGCUACCAGGGGUGCGCCAGGAGCCUUGAUACAUUCUCUGCAAGGGGUUCAGCGUACAUCGAAAGAAGAGGAAAACGUAGCCUCCGCGCCGCCGCCGAAGUCCCGCGACCUCGCCACCAGCCCUUGGACAUGGCGAUCCCCGUGCGCCCGCGCCUCCUAGCGGCCCUCGCGCCCACCUUUCUCGGCUGCCUCCUCCUCCAGGUGGCCACGGCUGCAGAGAAAGCGGUUGAUUUAACUUGGGUAUCAACUGAUUUCAAGACAAUUUUGGAGUGGCGACCCAAACCCACCAACUAUUCCUACAUUGUUCAGAUAAGCGAUAGAUCUAGAAACUGGAAAAACAAAUGCUACCUUACCACAGACACUGAGUGUGACCUCACAGACGAGAUUGUGAAGGAUUUGACCUGGGCCUAUGAAGCCAGGGUCCUAACUGUUCCAUGGAGGAACUCAACUCAUGGAAAAGAAGACCUAUAUGCAACUCAUGGGGUGGAAUUCCCAUCUACAAACGCCCCAAAGUUUAUACCUUACCAAGACACAAAAAUCGGACAGCCAAUGAUUCAGGAGUUUGAACAAGAUGGCACAAAGCUGAGGGUAACUGUAAAAGACCCACUUACGCUAGUCAGACAGAACGGUACAUUCCGCACCCUGCGGGAAGUCUUUAAGAAGGACUUGAGUUAUAUACUUACUUAUCGGAAAGGCUCAAGCACAGGAAGGAAAACAAACACUACAGAGACUAAUCAAUUCUUGAUUGAUGUGGAAAAAAGGACAAGCUACUGCUUUUUUGUACAAGCUGUGAUUUCACACAGGAAAAAUAAGGAAAAGAGCCCAGAAAGCAUUACUGUGUGCACUGAGCAAUGGAAGAGUAUCGUGGGAGAAACGUUCGUCAUUGUGGGAGCGGUGGUGUUCCUGGUCACCAUCUUCAUCAUCAUCCUGUCCGUAUCUCUGUGCAAGCGCAGAAAGAGAAAAGCAGAGCAGAAAAGGAAGAACACUCCAUCGCGCUUGGCGUAGAGAAGAGGCUGAAGCUGCAGGCUCACACCACCUGCGUGGCAUGGUUCCCGAGCCUUCGAUGCAAACCGAGGAUGUGCGGUGUGGAGCUUGACCGUCCUGGUUCACAAGGGCUCCCUUCAUGACCUGUUAUCCCAGCUAACGCUUCGAUUCCAACACUAGCAUUUGUCCCUUUAGGAUGCACUGAACGGUACCAAACUGGUUAACACUACAGCGCCUCUUGCACAAAUGCUUUAGAUUGUGUAUUCUACACUCAGGAAGACACUAGGUCGCCCAGGCAAAGCCAGUGGACAGAGGCUUUUCGUAUAACCUGAAUAGACUUUUGGAGAACCUUUGAGAAGUUGAUUUCAUAGGCUGUAGAACAGUAAAGUGGGAACUGGGUGGACUUUUCUAACAGUUGUACUUUUGUAAAGCGGUAUUUGGGGUUUUUUUCCCCCUCUACUAGGUACUUUUGGAAGUUCAAAGCAAUUGGCAAACUUUCACAUAAACAUGUGAAAUGCAGGAUAUUUCUGCUUGGGGCAUCUUUGUGAUUUGUACUUUAUUACAAUUUAGCACUUUAACUGACAAUGACGGGGUUUAAACAUUUGACAGUCAACUCUUUUUAUAUGACUACUAUACAAAGAAACUACAUAUAGUUUUAUGAU